AUGGUCUUCUUCCCCACCGGCUCCAAUUUCGACCAAAUUGGGUUUUUGGUGUUGGAAGCGAAAGAGGGUAGCUUGAAUGCAUUUGGGAAUGCCACUGGCGGCGUUUACAGCGCCAAUAAGCAAUUGAGUCAGCGGAUUAGAGGGGUUUUGGUGAACCCAGUUGCAGGUUCAGGCUGGCUUGGAGAAUUGGUGGAGCGGUGGUGUAUAUGGGUUCCAGAACGUUUCAAAGCUCUGCCGUUGUGA